AUGACCGUAAUGAACACAUUUGCGUCUUUAGGUUUAAUAUACCCAGUAGUAUGCCUUUUAACCAUAGCAAACGCUCAAAUUGUACUUUAUCAUAACAGUUCUGCAACACCCAUCUCUACUGCAGUAGCCAGUUCGGUUGUAGAAGUUUACGAUUUCUCCUCAACUCACGAAUCGCAAUAUCCCUCCUCUGAUUCAUAUGUGCAACCGUCAACAAACUUCGAAACGUUGUCUACUUUUUCAUCAAGCCUUUCUACUUCCACCGAUUCGUCGUCGAACUAUAGAGUAUCUUCCUUAUUGAUACUCUCCGAUACGAGCCUUUCAUACUCUAGUGUUUCCCACGAAGUGCCAAGUUCAUCAAUAUCAAAGCCACCCGUUUUCACUUCAACCGUACAAGCUCAUGAAACAUCCCCAUUAUCUUCUUCAUUGGAAUCAUCGAACUCCCUUCUCUCUUCUGCAGGUUUACCUCUGUCAACUUCGUUGGUAUCUGCAUCCAUCGAUCCAUCUCAUAGUUGGAUUUCUUUGAGCUCAGUAGAGUCUAACUUUAUUAUUUCAACGACCACUUCUGCUUCUUCAGCGAAUACUGGCCCAAAAUCUCUAAAUGAUUCGAAAAGUUCUGAAGCUGCAGACACUAUUACUACAUUUUUAUCUGAUUCCUCUUCCUCCUUUUCUUCAGGCAGUUUUACUCAAACAUUAUUAUCAAGCUUAUCAGAACCUUUGUCUAAUUUUUCAAGUGGCCUCAUACCAAGUUCGACUGUUCAAGCGACUACUAGUAGCCUAGAAUCUAGUACUCUUUCACCUACUGUUAAUCCCACAUCGUCAUUAUCUCUAGCAUUUGAGGCUUCGAGUAUGGGUUCAAUUAGUGGGCCAGAAUCACUAUCUUUUGACUCUAGUAGCACACCCUCUACGAAAAGUGGCAACUCUUCCGUUUUGACAUCCGAUGUAAUUUAUGCGUACAGUACCUUGGUUCAAUCUUUACCGUCAUUAUCAGUUACUUCUUCUCUUCUCACCGCUACAAAUGAAUAUUCAUCUAUACAAUUGUUAGGCCCGGAUGAAGCAAUAAAAAGUGAAACAGUCCAGCUCACUACUUUUAUCAAUUCUAUACCACUUGGGACAGCUAUAUCUACUCCGUUUACUGACUCGCAGAAUUCAAUUGGUUUCACAACGUCCAAUUCUACGAUUCUUGGUUCUUCCAACCAGGCCGCUACGUCGACUAUAAACGAACAUUCACAAAAACAGGAUUGGUCAAGCUCUACAGUACCAUUGUCUCAUACAACAUGGGUUGUUGUUGAGAGUACUAAUACCGAAGGCUCUGUGAUUCCAACCACGUCGCCAGCCUAUGUUUCCACGGCCACCAAGACGGUGGAUGGGAUUGUUACCGAGUAUGUUACGUGGUGCCCCUUGACUGAAACAAGGUCUCAAAUUAUUGAGGCCAGUUCAUCCACACCUAGUAUUGCACAAACAUCUUCAUUCAGUGGUACAUCCGUUUUAAACUCCAACUCCACGAUUCUUGGUUCUUCCAACCAGGCCGCUACGUCGACUGUAAACGAGCAUUCACAAAAACAGGAUUGGUCAAGCUCUACAGUACCAUUGUCUCACACAACGUGGGUUGUUGUUGAGAGUACUAAUACCGAAGGCUCUGUGAUUCCAACCACGUCGCCAGCCUAUGUUUCCACGGCCACCAAGACGGUGGAUGGGAUUGUUACCGAGUAUGUUACGUGGUGCCCCUUGACUGAAACAAGGUCUCAAAUUAUUGAGGCCAGUUCAUCCACACCUAGUAUUGCACAAACAUCUUCAUUCAGUGGUACAUCCGUUUUAAACUCCAACUCCACGAUUCUUGGUUCUUCCAACCAGGCCGCUACGUCGACUGUAAACGAGCAUUCACGAAAACAGGAUUGGUCAAGCUCUACAGUACCAUUGUCUCAUACAACGUGGGUUGUUGUUGAGAGUACUAAUACCGAAGGCUCUGUGAUUCCAACCACGUCGCCAGCCUAUGUUUCCACGGCCACCAAGACGGUGGAUGGGAUUGUUACCGAGUAUGUUACGUGGUGCCCCUUGACUGAAACAAGGUCUCAAACUCUUAAGACCAGUUCGUCGACGAUUAGCAAUACGCAAACUACCGGUUAUUCCUCGAAACUAAAGCCAUUAACCUUGCAAUCAGCUAGUUCAAAAUCUUCACAAUUGACAGAUUCUAACAGGGCUGAAACUAUAAGCACCCAUCAUAAGCCAACCUCAAGGUCUGUAUAUUUUAGUGGCACUUUAGAUGAUUUUCCUUUGACCACCAGUGAUCUUACUUCUUCCGUAUCUUUCUAUUCGAUUGUCUCCUCUACUGAAAGUUCUGCAGCUAUUACCCCUAAUGCUACUGUUACACUUGGAUUGGCUGGCAAGCAAUCGUCUAGUGGUGUUUUUGUUACUGCCAAAAUAAGUCAACCCACAAGCCCUAGCCAAAGUGCAUUUACUGCCUCACCUUUAGAAUCCAUAGAACUUGUCUCAGCUGAGACUUCUCAUAGAGAUUCGUUAUCCAACAGCUAUUCAUUGACUACUCCACAGCUAAGGAUUAGUUCAUUACAGACUGAUUUGCUAUCUACUGUUACAUCAACGAUGAACGGUACCUUUAUUCAAUAUACAACAUGGGCCCCAACGACAAGCGUUUCUUAUAAAACUUUGAUAUCCCAUAAAACACUAGUUCUUACCACGGAAGUCUGCUCUCAUUCGGAGUGUACUCCAACUGUUAUCACUAGCGUUAGUGCGACAACUUCUAAAGUUCCUGUUUCAUCAAUGUCUGAAGCUAACGUAUCAUCGUCUGAAACCAACGUAUCACCCUCUCAAACCAACGUGUCAUCGUCUUCAGUAUCCAAAAGUACAGAAGAUACUUCUAUUUCUAAAACUACAAUUGGUACUCGGGCUUCUGCCGCUUCCGAAACAACUUCUAUCAGCCAAAGUUUGACCAUUAAUCAAUAUAUUACCAGUACCAGAACUUUUGUUCAUUCUGAAACUGGUACUGGUAGCCAAAGCUCUUCUGCUUUUCCAAGUUUUACCAGUACUGAAAACAUCCUCUUCCCUACAUUGUCUACUGAAAUGAUAAAUACUACCGUGCUUUCAACAAAAACUUUCAUUUUUAGUACUGAAGUCUGUUCUAAUUCUAAAUGCACCCCAACAGUUAUCACAAACGUUGCUAAUUCUAAGGUUACGUCUUCUAAUAAACACUCUUCGCAAACGCUACAAACAGAUGAUGUAGAGACACUAACAACUCAUAAAACUAUGAUUUUGAGUACCGAAGUUUGCUCUAAUUCAAUUUGCACACCGAAAGUGAUUACUUCUAAGACAACAAAAAGUACUCCACCUGCCUCUCCAACCUUCUCAAAGUCUGGCCCAUUGUUAGCUUCUACUGGGAAAACUUCUUUGGAAACCUCUUCUAAAAAGUCUACUUCGUCUGUAAGCAGCCAAAUUUUGCCUUUAGUAUCUACAGGUUCCGAGAAAAGCUUGAAGGCAUCUGCUUCUGAGACAUUCAGCACUAUUUUGGUAAGUGUUACAAUCCCACAUUCAUAUGAUACAACGACGACGAAUGAAAAGUUCGGUAGUACCAUUUUACUACACGAUAUCACUUCAGAGUACAAAACUCCUUCUUCUUCUUCUUCUUCUUCGACUUCUGUUCAAUAUUCACUAUCAACCGCUACCACAACAAUCAAUGGCACUAAGACUAUUUACACAACCUGGUGUCCAUUGACAGAAACAUCGACUGUCAAUGCUUCUAAGCAGUCCUCUUGUAGUGGUGACAGAUGUCAUUCCUCGACCAAAACCUCCACGUCUUCAUCUUCGGUACCUACUCAAUAUACAUUAUCUACUGCUACGACAACGAUAAAUGGGCUUAAGACUGUUUACACAACAUGGUGCCCAUUAACAAGAAAAUCUUCUGUAGCGGCCACUACAAAACCUUCUUGUUUUGAUAAAAAGUGUGGAAAAACUUCCUCAACUGUUCAAGUCGGUACCAUUUCAGCUUCAUUUGCAACAUCUACUUCGAUUUCUUUGAAUAAUUCAACACCACCCAAGUCUAAUCUUGAGUAUUCGACUGGGGAAGAAAAAAAGAGCACAUGCUCCGGUGAUGAAUGUAGACAAACUGUACCAACGUCAUCAUUCUCAUCCACUUUGACAUCAAUAUUUUCCCUAUCAAUGUCCACAUCAUCAAACCCAUUGUUAACAACAAAAAUACCGAGUGUGAUACCAACACACACAUCUAUCCAAUUGUCAUCAUCAUCAUCAUCAUCAUCAUCAUCAUCAUCAUCAUCAUCAUCACCAUCAUCAUCAUCAUCAUCAUCAUUAUCAUCAUCAUCAUCAUCAUCAUCAUCACCAUCAUCAUUAUCAUCAUCAUCAUCAUCUGUUUCUAUAUUACCAACUAUUGAUACUGUUGUUGUUUCGAAACCUAUUUCUUCCACUGCAACAAGAACUUGUACUGGAUUGCAAUGUCAACAGAAGAUCUCCACCGUCUGCAGUGGAUCCAAUUGUAACGAUUUGACUUCGCUGUCUACUUCUUCUCCAACCACGGUUACUGAUACCCUGACAUGUACUGAAUCCAGAUGUAAGGAAGCCAAACGUAGCAGUUGUGAGGGUCCCACAUGUAAAAUAUCGCAAACGCAUGAGUCAAGUGCUACAUUUUCUGUAUGCAGUGGAGAAAAAUGCCCAGGUUCCACCACUAUUAAGUCACGUUCUCAGUACAUCACGAUGACAUCUGUGAUUACUCCAAGUGCUAUAACGACUACAUCAAUGGAAGUUCAUUCAACUGAGUCAACUAUAUCGAUUACCACAGUUAAGCCAAUAACAUAUACAUCAAGUGGCACCAGAGGGCAACUGAUUACCAUAACGAGUUCCAGUCAAACUGUGAUUCCAUCUGUAACCACAAUAAUAACGAGAACAAGAGUGGCGAUUACUUCAACACCAAAGCCAACGACUAUGACAUAUGCCACUCAACAACCUUCCUCGAGCAGUAUUGAUUCUUCCCUUGCUGCAGUUGCAUCGUCAACUUGGAUUACAACACCUAUUGUUAGCACAUAUGCUGGUUCGGCGUCAAGAUUUAUCUUUAGUAGGUUCUUUAUGACAAUGCUAAUAGUAGUCAGCUUCAUUUGA